GCGGUGGUGUAAUGGCCACGACGCUCCAUGGAAGCCUACCAUUUCGACUCCCUCUUCCUAUCAAAUCUUCCUUAACUCCUGCCUUGAUUCCCAGGAACUACUUCUCCUUCUUUGCCAUGGCCGCCAAUGCAACGAGUUCUGCCGGCGACGACGCUGAGCGAACUGAAGUCGAAUCCGAUGUCAAGGUGGAGGAUAACAACAACGACAAGAAGAAAAAGAAGAUCUUUGUUGCCGGAUCGACCGGCAGGACUGGGAAGAGGAUCGUGGAGCGGCUGCUCUCGGGAGGGUACGGCGUGCGUGCAGGCGCUCUGGAUUUGGAGAAGGCGAGGAGUGGCCUUCCCCAGGACCCGGACUUGCAGAUUGUCAGGGCGGAUGUGACGGAAGGCUCGGAAAAGUUGGCUGAAGCCAUCGGGGAUGCGGAGGCGGUAAUAUGCGCAACUGGGUUUCGUUAUUCGUGGGAUAUCUUCGCCCCUUGGAAGGUUGCAGGUGGACAAUUUUGGUACGGUGAACCUAGUGGAAGCAUGCCGGAAAACUGGGGUUAAUAGGUUCAUCCUUGUCAGUUCCAUUUUGGUCAACGGGGCUGCAAUGGGCCAAAUACUUAAUCCAGCUUAUAUAAUACUA